UUUUUAAUUCGGAUUUUCUCCCGAGUCGUCGUGCCAUCGUUGACUGUCGACGAAUUUUAAGAUGACUGAAACAUUGAAGUUGAGGGGCACUUUGUGCGGGCACAAUGGAUGGGUGACCCAGAUUGCUACAAAUCCUAAAUACCCAGAUAUGAUUUUGUCAUCGUCUAGAGACAAAACUCUUAUCGUAUGGAAGUUGACCAGAGACGAGACUAAUUAUGGUGUACCACAGAAACGUUUAUAUGGGCAUUCCCAUUUCAUUUCGGACGUGGUUUUAUCUAGUGAUGGUAACUACGCCCUAUCUGGAUCUUGGGACAAGACAUUACGCCUAUGGGAUCUUGCCGCCGGCAAGACUACUAGGCGAUUCGAAGACCAUACUAAGGAUGUACUGUCAGUUGCUUUCUCUGUGGACAAUCGCCAGAUUGUCUCGGGAUCACGGGAUAAAACUAUUAAGUUGUGGAACACACUUGCUGAAUGCAAAUACACUAUUCAAGAUGAUGGCCACACUGACUGGGUUUCGUGUGUGCGAUUCUCACCAAAUCAUGCCAAUCCUAUCAUUGUCUCUGCAGGGUGGGACCGCACUGUUAAGGUUUGGCACUUGACUAACUGCAAACUAAAGAUCAAUCACUUGGGCCAUUCUGGUUACUUAAACACAGUCACAGUCUCCCCUGAUGGUUCUCUUUGUGCUUCCGGAGGCAAAGACAUGAAGGCGAUGCUUUGGGAUCUUAAUGAUGGCAAACACCUUCACACCUUGGAUCAUAAUGAUAUUAUCACAGCUCUGUGCUUUUCACCCAACAGAUACUGGCUAUGUGCAGCCUUUGGACCUUCCAUCAAAAUUUGGGAUUUGGAAAGCAAGGAAAUGGUUGAAGAGUUGAGACCAGAAAUCAUUAAUCAGACCCAAACUUCAAAGUCAGAUCCACCCCAGUGUCUUUCUUUGGCAUGGUCGACAGAUGGACAAACUCUUUUUGCUGGAUAUUCUGACAACAUUAUCAGAGUCUGGCAGGUUUCAGUCUCCGCACGAUAAUAAGUUGAUCAGAAGGAUUUCAUUUAUUUUUGUUCAAGGUUUAUUGUAGGAUAAAAAUAAAUGGAAUUGUAUGU